UCUAAGAACUAAUUAAGCAUAAGUGCAAAAGAACAACAAAUCACAUCUGAAGUUUGAAGAAUUCAAAGUAUGACCUUAAAAUAUGCCAACCAUGCCAUGCAUCCACCCGACAGUCUCCUUUCCGUGACUGUGUUCAAUAAAGAUAUUAUUGACUGUGACACAUUAUUACUCACUGUGUCACCCACACCCAUUUGGCUUCCUUUGGAAAAAUGAUUUGCAGCACGGUCAGGUCACAAGACGAAAUCUGCCCAGGCCUCCUAUAAGCAGAGUAGCAACAGAGGAGCCCAUUGGCCGAGACAGCAGCGGCAGCUGAAAUAGCUAUGUAAACACUUUCCCUCUCUCUGUGUGCACCGGUAAUUAUAGCCAGGAUGCUGGUGACGACAGUCGUCCCAAUGAGACUUCGAAUGCUGGAAUAAAUUUGACAUUAUGACAUUUGAUCCCGACUCCGAUUGGCGCGCACUGGGCUGGUGGUAUAAAGCCCGGGGACCCCAGCUGGAACAGAAGAUGUUUACCCUUUAGCUCAAAGCUUGGGUCUUAAUUCUGAGGAAGGGGACCCUUUAAAUCGAGUGUGCUGGGCUUUACGUAACAGAGCGGGGCAUAAGAGAAGGGCAGCAACACGGAAAGAGGGGACUUUACAGCUCUGCAACGAGGGGAGUGAAAGUGCUGGAGAGACAGGGAUCAGAGCAGAGGAAAUAUUUACUGCAAGACAGGGAGCAUUUCUGUGUAGAGUUAAGUGAUUUCAGGUCAUCGGUCCCAUCAGUUACCUAACUGCCACCCCGGCUGUGACCUCUUAACGGAAGAGAGCAAAGCAGAAGAAGGAGGGGCGGAAGCAGCUAUUCAACAGAGCCUCAGGGUUAUCGAACGGCUUGCGUCAUGGCAGCCAUCGAUCUGGAGCUGGGGCUGGAAUGCGGUGGCCGGGGGUGGGGGCAGGAGAGGCCCGACACCGCGGACAACUUUGACUCCGAGAUGCAGGAGUGGGAGGAUCAGCUGCAGGACAUCCAGAGGAAAAUAGAAGAGCUGUACAAUGAAGUUCAGGCCCGCAGAGGAGCGAACGACAUCACUGGUGACAACCAGAAAAAUGGCGGCCCAUCUGACUGUGAGCUGAGGCAACACAGCAAUGUCCUGUUUGCGCCUGGUUCCCACAGCGGGAAUCGUGUCAGAGGUCAUGAUGGGCACGGCUACAGUUGCUGCCGCUCCAACGGGGUUUCAGAGAUCGGAGACUUCCUGCAGGAUUAUCUGGAGAAGGGGAAUAAAACGAGCCGGAAGAACAACAGAGCUCGCCACGUGCACUUCAGUGACACAGUUAAGGUGAACCAGGACAUCUCUGCAUUCCAGGAUGAGGCCAGAAGACAAUCCGGAAAUCACAGGGUUGGACCAGACCAAUAUUUGAGCACUUUUGAGGAAACUGAAAACAUAAAGAACCGAGUGUCUCACAUGAGGGGUUCCCCCCACAGAGAGGAAAACACUGGUGCGAAGCCCCCUGUUGGACAAAGAGAUACUUCUGCUGCAUCAGCACGUUCUCAGUUCCCAGUCCUGACAGCCGAGUCUCCCUUGUUGGACAAAAAGUCCUUCACUCCAGGAGUCCUGGGAGACAGAAAGUGCAGCAGCCCCUCAGUUCUUAGGAAGUUUGGAGCCAUGCUUCAAGAGAAUGAGGGCAAGACACUCACCGAAUCCGGGGUGGUGACCCAUCAGGGACCAUCCCCAGAGGCAAAGUGUCCCACUCCUUGCUGUCAGCGCAGAGCUCUGGGAGCCACCGGAGGAGCCAGCAAGGCGCCAAUGCGCGUGCCUAACCAGAAAUGCCAAGCAAAUUCUGAUGUGCUGACAGCAGAGACAGAGCCCAGCCAAGACCGGGGUUCAUUAUUAGACUCUGCUCGGCAUCAUUUUAAGGAUCAGAGAGAAGGCUGCAGUAGUGCUAAAGGCUCUCAGUCUGCUCCCCAACAGGUCCUGGGGAGAUCUCAGGUACCAGGGAGCCCGAAGGUCCGACCCCGGGCUAACAGCGGGGCAGACAGAGAGGGAGGGAGAGCAAGAAAGCAGCAACUGGAGCCCAAAACAGAUUAUAGGACAACGAGUCCUUCUCCUGGAACUCACCGGAUUCCAAGGAGACAGGAUGUACAUGACUCUGGCUAUUUGAGGGACAAAGGACUUAUAGAACUGCUGGACAUGCUGGAGAUCCAGCAUGAGUACAGCUCCAAUCCCAGAGCGACAUACAUGGUUUACGGACAAGAGCCACAGCAGGUAAAUCCUGCAGAGAUGUCUCCAGCAAGACCCAAGAGGAGUUUUUCUCGUCCUGCACGCCCCGCCAACCAGAGACCUCCUUCCAGAUGGGCCAACCGUACGCCUACUGCCAGAAUCAGUGCCCCGUCAGGCCCAAUCUACAGGCCCCCUAGCCCUCUUACUCGCACCCCUAGUCCUGGCCUAAAGCAUCGGCCUCCCAUUUCCUACUCCCUUCAGACAGAGACUAUCAUUAUGUGACAUCUUCCAUCUAAUGACAUCUGUCCCCAUCACCUUGUACAACAACAUAUUUGUAAAUAAUAAGGGCCUCCUGUUUUCUGAGUGCUAAAAGGAAAUGGAAAACUUUCUCCUGAUGUGUUCUAAACAUAACGUCCAUAUUCACCGGUGAUGCUGCAGCUUUAAACUUCUUCUGUGCCUAACUUCUACCAACAUUUCACCAUAUUGCUUUGUUGUUCCCAGAUAUUUAACUUUUUUGUAUAAAAAUGAAAGUGUUUUUCUAUGUGAAGGAUUAGCAUGCAGCCCCAGAUGGAGGGUGCGCACUUUCAGCUUUUCUGGUUGAUACAUUGAAUCAAAUGCCGUCUCGUUACCAGAGGGGGAUCCAGUUGGGACAAAGUUCCCAGAGGCGACCUGUAGACUGCUGAAAAGUGUGUUGGACUGUAUGAUGCAAAGUAUUGCAGAUGUUCAAAUAAUAGCUGUGACAAUUGAUUUUAAUAUGCCUUUCAUGUAUUUUUCUUGGUAAUAAAUAUGACUGUGCUUAAAGUAAAUGCUGA